AUUGUGCAUGUGACUGCGCUGUCUGUGCAUAUAUGUGUACAGAUGAUAGUACAGGUAUGUUAUCAGUAAAACAGAAUUUGUUUACAUCUUAGCAGGGAAGGUCGGCAUUUUACUGGCAAGCUUCUGCUUAUCGCUGUACUACUUACAGUUACAUUACGAAUGUACCAGCUGAGUUGAAAACAGGUCAUCUUACCAAACAAGCUUGCUGAAUUAAAUACUUUGAACUUAAACUUAAAAAUCAUUGCUGGAGGAAUUAAGUCCCUAGUACAGGCUACAGAGUGGUUCAUAGGCCUACCAGCACAGGUCUAUUUGGCUCUUCCUCCUGUCGUUAAUUGGACAGACCCUAGAUAACAUCUGAUCAUGAAGCCAGCAGAAACUUGCCGAAUCUUCAUCAUAUUCAGCAUGUUGUCAGUUUCUUCGACAAUUAUCUUUCAACCUCCUGAGGCCCCGGCUAAAGAUGGUUCAGGGAUUCCCGAUGCGCCUUGGCAUUCUGACUGGGCUGAAGUUGUUGGGUGUAAGAAAGGGGAGACGCAAUCUCGUUUUCCCGACUGCUGGUGCGGUCAGUAUGCCAAAGUUGUGCGAGAAGACGAGGUGCCUUUGGAAGAAAUGGAAGGUGAAUGGUAUCAUUCAAAGUUUCGCAAGAAUAAAAAGAUCUACUAUAUCUGUCUACCAUGUUCGUCAUGUCCGGAUGGUGUACUUAUGACGGGAAAAUGCCGGCAGGAUAAGGACACAGCAUGCAAUCUAGACCGAUGUGUUAAUCCCAAUCAUUUCUUUGAUCAUGGUAAAAAGGCAUGUGUUCCAAACCCCACUGAACCACCCGAUUUCUUGGAACAAACUAAAGAUUCUUCGAGUGACAUUUUGAAGAAAUCCACUGCCAGAUUAGAUGAACCGAGGAGAGAUGAGCCACUCCAAGAAAGACCUUGGUAUCAGCACCCCGUCGUCAUCAUCCUUGUCGCUUUUCUUGUCGCUUUUGUAAUAAUUAAUAUCCUUUUUGUCACCUUCCAUCGCAAACGAAUAAGGUAUCGAACCAUGAGCCGUGUUCCAAGUAACUUAUCCACAUCCACGCAGACAGGUUGUACGUGUAUGCACGAGACGUUUGUCUGAUCAUCAUGGAGAAAGCCACCAUACUCCGUCCGUGGUUUUAAUGUUGUAUUCAAUGCAAUUUCUAGGACAAUGAAUUUGAUAUUGCUGCCAUCUCGAAAUUUUUGGUAUAAUACUUUUACAUCACUACUGUGAAAAUGGAACAUAGUGAUUAUAGCGGUUUAAAGUUCUUGAUUGUUUCUACUUAUCGAUACUUCAGCUUUGAAUGUUGGUUACUUAUGAAAUAAGCAGCAAAGCUUCGUUAAAAAGUAGAAAAGAAAAUAAAAGAAUUAGAUUCCUACUUCUUUUGUUUGAUAUGUUUUAAAUAUUUAUGUGAUUUAUUUAUUACCGGUAGCAGCCAUUUUGUAUUAUAAUAUUUUCACAUAAUGUAUAUGGUCGGGAGGGAGAGAGGUCGGGUGGGAGGGGGGGGGGUACUGGGUAGAAGGAGGGGAAGGUAGAUUGAUAGUAUCACACACCAUUUCGGGGGGUAAUUUUUUUUUAUUAUAUUAGGUUGUUCAAUGUAUGUUUUAUUGUGAUCAUGUCACUUUAUACCGUUUGAACAUUAUAAACUCCGAUUGGCGCAAAAAAAAAGGGGAAAGGAAAAGAAGGAAAGGGGAUAAGGAGAGGAAAAAAAUCAGGUCAUUAUAUGAAACUAGAAAUUUUGCUUGCGCUUCGCGCGUGCAUUAUCAUGAAUGAGAUGACAAUCUGCUGAAAAAGAAAUCCCGUUUUCAAGUCAAUAUGCACUAAUUAUUUUCGUGAUUCAAGUUUUCAUUAUAUUGUUUCAGAGAAAUACACAUCCUGUUCGUGAUUCUUUACCAAAAUUUCAGCUUGCGCUACGCUUUUGCAUUAUUUGAUUAGCGAGAUAAGCUGUCUUCAUGAAUUUUCACAAACAGUCCUGGCGUUAUGGAGUUGGGUGCUUUACAUACAUAUUAUAAAAAAGAUCUUUUGAAAAUUAUUACUCACUCAGAAAAAUUAUGAUAUCGUCUUAUAUGUAAUAUUAUAUAUACGGUAUAUAUAUAUGUAUUAAAUCGUCAACAUUUUGGGGUCUUCAGCUUUGGUACGAAACGCUAAUCCUGUAUACACUGGUGUAAAGAUGAUGGUUAUAGGAGCCAUGCCCCCCCCCCCCGAAAGGGGGAACACGAAAGAAAAGGAAGGAAAAUAUAGUUUUGCGAAAGAUUUUGACAUGAUAUAUAAAAAUAUUAUUCUAUAUACUUUUGACACCAUAUUUAAAGAAUAAUACUUUUUGAAUAUCGUGUCAAAAUCUAUCACAAAAUUAUAUUUUUACAUCAAAAAGGUUUAAAAAAAUUGCUCGCUCGCAGCUUUUUAGAAUUGUCCCAUGCGUCAUGUCCCCCCCCCCCUCAUUUUUUUUUUCUUUUGCUCAUUCACCGCUAGUUUGUAGACAAACUGAGGUGACAAUGAUCUCUUCUCUAUUUGCAUCAGUCAUGCAGGUUUCAUAUUUUUUUCUUGCGCAACUGCUUGUCAUAUUUGUAUUCUUUGACUUACUUGUUCUGGAUAUAUCCACAAACAUUUGGCCUUUAGGCCUAAUGUGACUACUAUACCUUUGAUGUAUUAUUUAAAAUAUUAUACUGGUCUAUCAUGACUAUGCAAUAUUGUAUGCAAUGUAUUAUAUCACUCUACGCUAAGCUUUAAGUAAAUGUACAUAUUCAUAAAAGAUGUUAUUGUAUAUUUUUGACAAUAAUUUACUUAGGUGUUAAAAAUAGUAUGUAUUUUCAUGCAUUUGAUAUUUAUUGCAAUACAUUAUUAUCAUCCACUUUAUAACUUUUCAGUUUC